CGGGAACUGGGAGUUGGGGAGCCUUGGUGUGACUUGGUUAUGCAAAAGAUGUUACCUCCAGAGAGGCAUGGUAGAUGGAAAUGUGUUACUCAACCAGCAAAUCAUGGUUUCCAGGCACAAUCCCUUCUCAAGCAUUCCCUGGAUGGACAAUGACAUGUAACUUGGGAUACAUCCACUUGGGCAAAACUAGAAGAAAAUGACACUUUUCUGCCAGCGGCUAUUAAAUGACCAAGAUGGAGUUACAUGAUAUGGACUCAGCUAUUCUAGGAGGCAGCUGUUUGCUCCCCUUUAUUAAUGUAGGCAGAAAAACCAAGGUGUGGUGGUUAAGAGACUUGCCUAUAGUCAUACAAUGAGGUGCAACAAUGUUUUAACAGUGUUUCUCAAGCCAGGGACUCCUCCCUAAGGUGACUAAGCCUUCCCACUCAUUCUCCAGACCUGCCCACACCUGAGGUGGUUGCCCAGGGAGCUAAAGCUUCUCCCCAAACAAACUUGACCUGGUAAACUUUCCUCUCUGCCUUUGGCUAUUUCAUCCUCCUCUCCCUCUCCCUCUACCCCUCUGUCCUGUUUUCUCCAGGUCUUGGCUGGUGUCAGGAAAGGGGUGCCCUCCCAUGGCCUCCCACUCCAGGGAGCCAGGGCACCUGCCCUGCGGGUCCUGUGACAUGGUUUUCCGCUCUUGGCCCCUGCUGGCCACCCACACUCGGCGCUUCUGCAUUGGCGGUCAGACCCGGGAGGUGACAGUUGGAGCACAGCCCCCAGUAGCCACUGAACCACGGGUUGUGCCACAAGAGCACCAGGGCCUCCCGGACCAGGAGGCCAGCAAAUCGGCUCUGAAGAGGCUAACAGAGGAGGUGCAGCGGCUGCGGCUGUAUCUGCAGGAAAUGAGACCCUGGAUAACAGAAGUCCCCAGGGGGCCACAGGGGCCCUGGAGGUGUUCAGAGGCGACGACUCGGAGCGCCUACUUCAAGGCUGCUGGCAGCCUGGGCGAGCGGCUGCUGGCGCUGCACUGGACUCACGCAAGGCGCGUGGCAGAGACCGCGGCACAGAGCUGGGCCCUAGAGCAACGCGCCGAGGAACUGAGCCGGCGCCUCCAAGGUUUGGCCCGGACCGGGAGCGGGAAAUCACGCAUAUUCAGUCUGGAGCGGGAGCUUCGAGAACUCCGGGCAGAGACAGGGCGAACGCGGGGAGCUGUGGAGGAGUUAGGGGCGCACGUUCAGCAGCUCCAGGCCAAGCCGGUCACCCGGCUGAACACCUUGAGAGAAGCAGAACUCUGUGGUCCGGUGCUACAAGCCACCCCAGGGACUCUGCCUGCAGAGAUCGGGGCCCUGCGUGAGGCCUACAUUCGAGGCGGGGGCCGGGACCGCGGCGUUCUGGGCUGGAUGUGGCAGCUGCAAGCGGAGGCAUCAGCUCUGGAGCUUCGGCGGUCGCGGACCGGCAGGGGUGAACAGGAGCGGGCCAGCCAGGAGACCUCUCUGGAAAGAGGAAAGGGCGGAGGACGGGCAGGUGCUGCAUUCAAGGAACUUCUAGCAGUGGAGGCUGAAAACCGGCGCCUGGAGGCAGAAAUCCUGGCUUUGCAAAUGCAGAGGGGCGCAGGCCAGAUGCCCUGGGGGUGCGGGGAGCCGAGACUUGCGGCCAAUCCGAGCCCACGCCUGAGGAGGGAAGAUCGCCUCCCGCCUCCAGUGGCUCCCCGGCUGCCGCCCUCCACCGGAGUCCUGUUCUUGGGUGGCGCUGAGAAGGCUUCGCAGCUUCCGGGAGCCAUGACCAGAAACCUGGCCGGGGAUCUGUACUACCUCCUGCCCUCUACUGACGUCCUGGGCCCUGCACCCUACGACCCCGGGGCUGGCCUUGUCAUUUUCUAUGACUUCCUGAGGGGCCUUGAGGCUUCUUGGGUUUGGGUGCAACUAAUGACUGGCUUGGCCCGAGAUGGACAGGAGUCAGGAGGGUCCACUGCGCUGCCCCCAGCCCUUUGCUUGCCCCCACCUCCAGCUCCUGGGCCCACCGGCAACUGUGCCAUCCUUGCCAGCAAGCAGCCUGUACCCAGACUACCACCCUCACCAUCAGUAGCCUUGAUCUGUGAGCUCCAGGCCUGGCAGGGGCUAGCAUGGGCUAAGGCACCACAGCCAAAGGCCUGGGCCUCACUAGUGCUAUUUGACCAGAAUCAGAGGUUGCUAAGUGGUUGUUGGCGUCUCCCACUUCGGGCCCUCCCUCUGGACCCCAGCCUUAGCCCUGGGCAGCUGAACGGGAUUCCCCAGGUUAAUCAGGCCGAGCUCUUUGUGAGACUGGUGAAUGCAAGAGAUGCAGGUGUCCAGGCCCUGGCAGAGGUCAAUCCAGCAAAUGCCCAUGAGUACCAGUACCCACCUCUGGUACCCAACUCAUCUUCACCGGAAGCCAGCCCCCUCGCCCCAGCAACUGCCUUUGUUGACCCCCCUCCUCCCGAAGAUGCCUGAACCAGCAGACUCAGGCAUAAAGAGGGUUUGGGCCCUCCCCACUGCUUUGACCCACCCCCACUGGUUCUGAGUCCAGAAGAAUGGGGGUAUGAGUAG